UCGGUGCUUUUUCUUGUAGCGUCUUCGAAUGCCAUGCUCUGCUCAUAGGUGUUUCAUCCGCCUUAGGUCUGUUAUUCUUUUUUUAAGAAGGCUUUAUGAAACGCUGAACAGCGCGCACGCUGCAUUGCAGCGAAUGAUGGUGGUGACACAGUAGCCUAAUACUCGCUGCGCGUAACGGUAGCUGCCUGGUUACGUCUGCUUCAGGCCGGCCGGCCGGCUGGCCGGUCCUCAUUUGCACAGACACCCUUUAGAGGCAGACAAGUGAGCGUGAUAAUGCUGUUGCUACAGCUGCUGUCGUGUUUCUGUAGUUGUGGUCCAUGUUUUCAAGUUAGGCUAGCUCGCACUCUGCCCGUGUGUGCAUAGCAGUCACGCUUAUCGGCUGCAGCACUACCGGUAGUAGGCAAGAGGACUCAAGAUCGGCUUAGCGGUGCGAGUCUGAGGAAGAAGCGUGGCGACACCGACCUCGAGACAGCCGCGGCAACGCCCGGUUUGCUGGACGUGGACUGCAAAUCGGAAAUUGCUAUUAGGUUGCUUCCGGCCUGCUGCUGUAGCUGAGCGCCUAUUGCUUAGGCCUACAAUAAUUGUCUUACUGCACUUUUACCUUCGUAAGAUUAGCUUUGUGCGCGUGUUUGGUGAACGGUGGGGGGGCUGUCGUUUAACCACGAGUCGACGUCAGACGCACAAGAAUAUUGUGGUUGUUUCUGAGAGCAAAUCGAGUCUCGUGAUUAUGACCCGAAUGUGAGAAAAACGUCACUAACUUUUGUUGUAUUGCAGCUUGUGUCGUAAUAAGUAUAUUGGUUGCGCUCGGUUAUGCCGUGAGGAAGGGUUUCCAUAGCGUCGAGAUAUCCAGUGCAGUGGCUAUUUGUUAGAUAUGCCCCAAAGGGGUCUUAAAGCUAAUUUUUUUCAAUAGAAUAUCAUCUUAAUUCUAUUUGCUCCGGCCUAAGAGACUAGCUGUGCUAAAUUAAAAAAUUCGACGCACAUUCAAGCUAUGCAGCGGUCAGGUACAUCGACUCGCAGACCAACGGUUGCGCCUCCCGUGCCUCCCGCUGGUGUGAGCCCUGGGGGUGCGGCCCCUGAAUACCAAUGUGAAUUGUGCAAGUCAACACGAGCAGCUAUUCGUUGCGACCGCUGUGAAAACCAAGUGUUCUGUCUUCAAUGCGACGAUAUUUUCCACCGACACCCAAAACGGAAAUCACAUUUACGCAAGUCCGUGGAACAACAUGACGCCUCCGUUCGGCCACCUCAAUCGUCGUCCGCUACAGUUUCACAGAUGUCUGGUCAUACUGUUGUAGCCAGUACCCCGUUUUGGAAACAGCAGCCUCUGUCGCAGCCAAAUGUUCCGCCAAGAAAAAAGAAACCAUUUUCAUUGCUGACCAACCUAAUGCGGGGAAAGUCGGAAGUUGCGAUACCCGAGGAGAUCGAAAAACGCGGGACGAUCUCUUCGAAACUGGGCAGCCUCAAGCGUUUCAUCCAGAACCGACCGCUUCCAUCUCCGCCCGGCGAGGCAACGCCCUCCAGCCCAUCUUCCUUCCGCAGCGGCGAAGAGCCAAAGAAAAAUGCAUUUGAAUGUCUUCAUAAUCGGCAGGCCGGAAGUACUUCAUCGCUCGCAAGAAUCAAUGCUAACAGGGAUUUGUCUGAUUGGGAAGAUAAUGGUUUGUUGGCAAGCAAUCUUCAAGUCAACAGGAUGUAUAAUAACCCACAAACAGCAUCAAUGAACCGUCAUCAGUCAAUGAUGGACUUGUCUCGUAUGGCACCGCAGGCUUGCCAGGGCAUUCCUUACGUAGGACCUUUCGGUCCGUUCGGAGUGUUCCCAUACGGAGCUCCAUAUUCCUACAUGCCGGGUGUGCCUUACGGAAGCAUGUCAUAUCUCAGUGACCCCCGAAUGAUGCCACAUCCUUGGGGGUACGCCGGUUCCAGCGGGUCAUUUUCAAACGUUAAUUCGUCGGCGGAAGGUGAAGGAAAGGACACCGAUACGGAAUCAAGCACGAAAAUUGGUCUGGGCGGUAUUAUGGGAAACGGCAUGGUUGAUCCGCGCAUGAGCUCUAUGCGACGCUGCCAAAGCUUUGCGUCGAAUCAAUGGGGCGCCAUGAUGUACCCGCAAGCACCUAGGGCUGCGCCCUUCGAACAUCCGAUGGGUAUGGUACCGUUCGGGGGCUACCCUGGAGGCAACCAAUGGGGGUCUGGGCGAAACUUACAGUCUGUCGACACCAUGCCACCAAUAAAUCCAAACGCCCAGCUCAGCAACAUGGAUGCCAACAGGGCAAUUUGGUACUAUCAUAAUCGUAAUAGACAGCGUCCAAUGGGAGCUGACACAGAAACGUCAGAUUCUGACAUCGACUUCAUCCCGAGGUCAUCACGUUUGCGUUCUGAUAGCCGCCAGGUGUCGCGUCAACCUUCACAGGGAGACAUUCCCAGACAAAGUCCCCACAGCGCUCAUUUCAGCUGUAGCAACUCUGCCUUACAUUCAGAUGGACGACGCGGUCAGCGUACAGGUGACUCCAAGGAUUCCAGACAGAGUUCACCACGGCCCUCCUCUACUCGGGCAUCGUCCCUGGGUGCGUCAGAUUCCAACAUUAAAGACUAUAGCGAUGUAGACUUUGACGAGGAACGUCAUAGCAAUCAAGGAUAUCGUGACAACGGCCGCCAAGGUAGUAGGACUCCUCAAAGAUCCGGUCGUAACUCACCGUCACCCGAACUCACUAUGGAGGAGUACAUUGAUCCGAGCAGUGUUCGACAGCAGCAACCACCAACUCGAGAAUCCAGGUCCAGAGAAAAGGACAGAAAAAGCUCUGUCGGGCCAAGGCGGCCUUCGUACGAACGAGCGACAAAAGAUAACUUCGAGCAGGUGCCAGGGAACCGGUUAUAUAGUUCACAGCCCAUGUCGUCGCCAAGACAGCGUCCACUUGAAUUGUCACCAAAGCCUGAGCCGGUGGUUAAGAUACCUGAGCACACAGCAUGGGGUGCGUCUGUCGCGCCUCGGUUACCCGAGAAGAAGCUAAGCGGGAAAUUAGCGACUGAUGGCCAAAGUCAUGAGGGUGGUACUGGUAGCAUCAAAGCGUCGUCACGUGACAUUGAGGGCACUGAAACUGCGACAAAAUCGACUGUGAGCGGAAGCGCGGAGGAAACAGUUUCAGCAGAAAGUCAAUCGUCUCGAACAGUGUUUUCGACAGAGAGAAAUCUCGACGAAGAAAGUUGUAUAUCCACGUCGGGUCCGUCUAGUCAUUCGGGCUCAGGGUUAGCCACAAACAAUGACCCAGAACCGGCCCGAAUCCGUUGGAGUCCUUCCAAGCAGUGGAUAUGUAUACAUUGCACAUUUAUUAACGUUCCUGGCGUUAAGAUCUGCGCCGUAUGUUGCAAGACCUCCUUCAGAGACCCAUCACCAGAACAGGCUAAACAACAAGGCAACUCAAACAAUGGCCACCAAGAGAACGUUCGAGAACAGGCCAAGGCCGAACAAACGACCAAAGCCAUCGCUGAUAAGCCUCCAUCGAAACCUGUUGAACCAGCCGAAUUAACGGAGCAGGCCGAUCCCAGGACGAGUAUAAGUAAGGACGUCGAUGGUUUCGACUACGAAUUUGUUAAGCAGCAGCGCGAAGUGGAACAGGAAUUGCGGCGACGACUGGAUAACGAGAGACGCAUCGCAGCUGAAAACGCCAAACUUGAAAGAGAAUCUAAUGCGAAAGAAAACUCGAAAGCUUCUAGCGGCUCGACCGGACGAGAUGCACCCAGACAAGAAUCAAAAGAAGGUACAACGCCGUAUGACGCGUACGAAGUGGUAGAAUUUACCUCUGAAGCAGAAUCUGAAACUGAAUCUGGAAGGAGCGUGGAAAAUGAAAAAUAUCCCAAACCUCGAAGCCUUGUAUCGCGGUUCGAAGACAAAAUCAAGAUGAAUAAGGAAGGCUCAUUUACUACUGUGGGACCGUAUCGGCGUAUGAUGGUUAACCAAAACGGCACACCAAAGACGAUUACUUCAAUUAAUCAGGCAAGGUCUCGCUUUGAAACUUCGUUAGGACAAACAUCUGAAUGUGGCUCUAAUUCUAGGCCACGAAAAAGCUCUCUUAAAGGCUCCGAUCUAACACCUUCAUCAUCCAGGUCGUCACUUUCAUCCGAGGAAGGGCUUCAAAAGCCAGAAGCAAGACCCUGUUCUACGCCGGACGACACUGCAGAGUAUCAAGAGGGUCACGGAAACAUAGAGGAAGCCGAGGACGGCAAACUCAGCGAUAGUACACUCGGAGCUCGAAGGAAGAUAAUGGCCCGAGUUGAGGCAAAAGAGAGACACGAAAGAUCUGCUGAAGAAAGUGACGAAGCUGAAGAAGACGCACAGGAAAAGAAGUUAUCGAGUGACUCAGAGGAAGGUUCGGAGAAUUCUCAGAAGAGUCAAAUCUCGAUACCGCGCACAGUCCCUAAAGGGGACAGCCGACAGACAGCAACAGUGUCUGCCAUUAGGGAUGGCGUCCAGCAAACUGUCACUAAGGGGUCUCGCGCUGUCGCCGAUUUCGACAGAAGACAGAUCAGGCCAAGUAAGGUCGCACCAACGACAACAGCUGCAGAAAAGCCAGAUUAUGUCGCUGCCAAAAAAACGAUGGUAACCGCUGUAACAGGCAGUAAGGACACAGACUGGAUCAAAAGAGCGAAGCAUGAUGACCACGUCUUGACACCGUCUCCUAACCACAAAAAGCUCUCGCAGAUGGCUAAAGAUAACGACACGCGACAGUUCGAUAAUAUUGGUGAUGAAGAGGAUCAAAGUACUUCGAUGCCCACAGCGUUCAACCUGAAGAUUCGGUCGUUUCGCAGUGUCGCUGAUUUAAUUGAAGAACAGAGACGUGACCUAGAGAAAGAGAACGCGCUUCAGCUAAUGAAAGCUAUAAAGGAAGGCGAGGCGGUUGGAUUCUCUGCUGAGGAUAUACAGAUCGCCAAAUCACUGUGCGCGGACGCCAAUCCGGUGUUUUGGCUGCAAACAAACUGGGCACACAUAAUCGAAACGGUAAUUCAUCUGGCAAAUUCGUAUGUAGCAGAGAACGCCUUGGAGAACGUGGGUCAGCUCAGUGUGAUGGAAGCCCAAGCGGCCUUGAGGCGACAGCGAGGAAAUGUUUGGAACGCCGUACUUGACUCCGUGGAGAAACGUCAAGCAGUGUUCCAGGAAAUUGCGACUAAAGGUCCGUUUAAACCAGAGGAUAUUCUGCAAGAACUGCUCGCGGCCCAAGGAAAUAUAGACCAGGCAGUGGCCCAGCUCAGUAAUAAUGCGAUGAACGCAUUUCUUGUCAAGAUGUAUGAUGCUAAUAACAACGGACCAUCCGGCAGCGAACCAGCUUUGAGUCGAGCGAGCAGCGAUAAUGACGUUACUCCCGAUGAAAAGAUCGCUUUCUGGUUGCGUAACGCCGAACCAUCAGCAAACAGCGGUUCUUCGGUAAUUUCAUCCAGCUCUGAAAGUCUCAACCUACUGGCUGGACCUGACCUACAACUUCACAAACUAGACCAGCUUAUGAUGAAGCGGCAUAUGCAAAAGAAAGAGGAGACUCGCUACAGGAAAUACAAAGAGCGAAUUGCCUAUACCAGACAGCAUCACAAAAGGGCGAUGGUAGCUGAAACUGGCUAUUUUAAGAAGAAUCCACGAUCCUUAUCAUCCAUGUCAGCUUCCUCAGUCGACCAAGCGUCAUCUGUCACUAGCAAUUCAACGAAUAUUGAGAAGGUCAUUGAGCAACGCAUCCAAAAUGGCAUUAGCACUAUUUUGUCAGCCAUUAAAACGGCUUUUAAUAAAAACAACGAUAUGUCGGCCCAAUCAAAUGAGGAUAACGGUGCCGUUAAAAAUGAGGGAAGACAAAGUUCGAAAUCUAGUUCACCCAAAUCUUCGAGAGACAGUGGAGGUGAUGUUGAAUGUGGAGAGGAAAAGUGCAAUGAUGAUUCUGCGGAAGUCACAAGACCUAAAAAAAACAAAGACGUUUCAAGCGGCAAUAACGCACAUGACACCGACAAGAAAGACAAGGCAAGAGGUACCAGACGGUGCAAGAGAUCUUUGCCAAAACAUAAGGUAACGGACAUGGAAUCGGAACCGGAGAAAAACGACGACAAAUUCGUCCAUGAGAAUCCUACACCGAAGAUAGCCGCCAGCCAACGGGUCCAAACUGCUAUGAACAGUGAUAAUGAAGAAGGCCUAGAGGCGACGAAAAGUAGAAACCAUGAUGCUAACGAGCAAACGACCGGAGUUAGUUUAGAAGGUGCGUCUACCGCUACCGGUGCUGACAACACAACGGAAGAUAGCGAUGAAGUCGACGACAAUGACUAUUCUGAACUUGAACUCGCGGUUGCAACCGUUACACGAGCGGUAGUUGUAUCACCUUUUGAGGUACGGAUGAAGGGUAGCGCAAAGUCACAGGAUUCAGAUGACAGCGAGGAAUUUGAGGAAGCUUCCGAUUUUCUUGAUCCUUCUAUUGUGCAUAACCCUGAAAUUCAUCAUGAGGACAUCACAAAUCCAGAUAAGGAUCGUGACACUUCAGCAAGUCCAGUGACUUUGAAUGAUGUCAAUCAAGGCGUCGUUGAAGGGAGCUCAGCCGCGAAACUGAUUGUGGCGGUUAAAGCUGAUAAAUCCAAGCACUCAAAGGUUGCUCCUGACCCAGCUUCGCCAAUUGAUACCCACAAGAUACGUACCUCGAAGGUCGAAAGCUGUAAAGCAGGCCCGACGACUGAUGCGGCGCAUCACCAGGUCGAAGGUACUCCGGGGCAACAACUACAAAAAGAGAAGCGUCAGUAUUCCCUUGAUGAAAGAGAUGAUAAAAAGUCCGAAAAUGGAGCCGAGCAUGAAGCCAAUAUAGAGGAAGUGCCACUGCUUAAAUUACCUCAAACUUUUGAAAGUAACGAGGAUGAAAAUAGUGCUACGGUUAUAGCCGUCACCGAAUCCCAAGUAGAAAACGUUUCCGAGAUCACCUCAUCUUCUAACCCUUUACUGAGUCUUACUCUCCCUGAAGAGGUAGCAGAUAUUCGAGAUAUUGAAAUUUCGAGUCAGGUGGUUGAUUCCGGAGGCUCCAAGGCGGGUGCAAAUCCAGCCAAGGAUCAACACCAAAAUCAGACUCCGUUAAUUAAUGAUUCCGGAAACGCUAUAUCGGAUACGAGGACAACCGAAUACGAGGACUUCAAGGAACAAAUCGUUGAGCAAGCCGACAGCAAAAUUAUAGAGGACUUUCUGGGACAACAGGCCGCAUACUGGGAGGAACAGGAUCGUUUGGAGCGGGAAGUGACCGGUGGCGAUGCAAAUAAAGAAAUACACAACUCGGAUUCGGCCGAUGAAAAUAUGCGAGGUGACUAUGACCUGUAUGAGGAUGAACUUGGAGUGAAAGGGUAUGUAGCAGACGAGAUUUCAAAGCACGGAUUUGAAGAGAGCGUUAACGAUACGAUAAACCUCCCUGAUGAUCAAAAUGCUUCGUUAAGUGUUGGCCGCACGAAGAACAGUAAAAUAGCUGAGUCAGAAAAUCCGCAUUUUGCUAGUUCCGUAUUUAAUGCUCCUUCUACGGAAGAACUCCAACCUUCUGCUAUGUCAGAGUUGCCGAGCCAAAAGCAUGACGAUAAAGAGGACCUCAUUAAGACGCCAGUCCCAACAGUUCAAUCCAAUAGGAAUACAGAUAGGAAUACUGUAGCCGAGCUUCCAUCGUUUAACAAAACUGCGGCCACAGUCAGAGAUGAGCAAAUCCCAAGUGACUCCAUAGAAGCAAAGAACAAGCCUGAUAAACGGGAGCUCAUAAAACGGAAGGUAGCGUUGACUGAUUCACCGGACGUAUCCGCUACUGUGUUGAAUGGCUCUGCCCCACCCGCCGUGUCAGUUCAUGUAAUUCCAGAAUCUGCGAAGCCAACUGCACAGAAAGACGGACACGACUCUAAUGAUUAUUCGGAUGUAUCAGGUGAUGAGAGUGACGCUGCCAUAAAACGAACUCAAAGUGACCUCGCCAAUCAGGCUGCCAUGAUGAAGGUGAUUAGAAGAUCUCUCGAAGAUUUGGCCCAUUUUGGAGGCAAACCUCAAAAAAUUGCGUCCAAACAUGUCGUGUAUCGAAGGCCAUCGAUUCGUCGUCGCAGUACAAUUGUAAUCGUUGAUCGAGGCGAUGGAUUCGGCCGAUUUCCAGGCGGCGAUGCCAUCAUCAUUAAGCCUCAACGCAGAUUGGAGACGGCUGUAAGACUGUUUGGACAAGAUCUCACGAAAGGAUUUCGUAAUGAGGUCUCAUCUUGUUCGAGAGGACUUAUGGCAGUGGUGAAGAAAUCCCGCACACAACCCCCUCCACAACGUCGUGUCAAAGAUGCAACAGUACUUCAGGAGAAAAACCGGGCCCCUGUGAGCUCGGUAAAACAAAAAGAGUACAAGGAGAGGGCUCACGAGCUGCUCAAAUCUGGAGUGGUGGAAAAUAUGGAACAGGCCCAAAUAGUUGCAGAACUUGUCGAUUUGAAGUUCGACCAAGACGAUGCCAUACUGGCGUCGGAAAAUACGGAUAGCGUCUAUCAGGCAGUUGUAUUCCUUCAGCAGGAGUGUAACAUUUGUGUGGGCACGUAUCCAAUGAGUCAGAUGGUGGCUCUACUCCAAUGCCCCCAUGUUGCUUGUCGAGAAUGCCUCCAAACGUACUUCACGAUACAGAUCCGUGAGCACAACAUAAGUGAAUUGCGUUGCCCCUUCUGCCGCGAGCCCGACCUAGCCGACGAGAAAAUCGAACAGAAUUAUUUCAGCAAUAUGUCUGUUUUGCUGAAGGACCUGUUGGAUAACGAGACGUUUGAGCUGUUCCAGAAAAGACUUGUUGAACGAGCUCUUAUGAAGGACCCAAACUUCUGUUGGUGUCCUCAGUGCUCGUCGGGCUUUAUCACUGUACCCGAACGGAGGAUGGUAACGUGCCCAGACUGCAAAACAACGAUGUGCUCUGCUUGCAGGAAAACGUGGCGGACAGAACAUGAGUCAAUGUCAUGCGACGAAUUCGUCGCGUGGUUAUCUCGUGAGGAGCCAGACUCAGCCGAAAAGGCCCUGGAGACAUUCUUCGAGGAAAACGGAAUUCAGUGUCCAGCAUGUAAAUUUCGCUAUGCUCUUUCUCGUGGCGGCUGUAUGCACUUCAAAUGUCUUCAGUGCGGAUUCGACUUUUGUUCGGGAUGCAACCGGCCAUACAAACAUGGAGAUAAAUGUGGUUUUUCAGUUACCUGUUCCCGAAUGGGUCUCCACGCUCAUCAUCCACGCAAUUGUCUCUUCUAUCUGCGUGACAAAGAAUACGACAAACUUGAAGCUUUACUGAAGGACGCAGGCGUACCUCUCAGAAAAGACCUACCGCCAGGCCAAGAGCAGCAGAAACAAUGCCCUGUUCUUGAAACAAAGGAGACAGCACUCGGCGGAUACAAGGAUGGCAUCUGUGGCAAGCAGGUUGAACCUAAAAUGGCAGGAGUUUGCAGGAAGCACUAUAUCGAGCACCUGGGAAAUCUGAUCUUUAAGCAUAAGAUUGAUCCGUGGCCGAUUCUUGAAAGCGAAGAACUUGAACUCUGUAUCCGGCGGGCCAACAUGAGGCUGCCCUCAAAGUACCAACUUACGGAUGCAGUCUACAAGGACCUCUUACGGAAAAUCGUCCGCGAAGACAUCCCCCUGGAUAAGGUCGACCCUAAGCAAAAGUAGAUAAUUUACUUGACAGAUAUCUCUCUCUCUAUAUAUAUAGCUGUAAAAGAGAUUUGACGACACACCGUUUUUAAUAAUGUCAAUACACACAAUUUAUGAUUAUUAUAAAUAUUUGGAGAAGGAUAUUUCAUAUGACUAGAUGUAUAAGCAAUAAUAUUUGACGACACACAGUCCAACUGAUGUUUGUAUUGCUAUAUCUAUAUAAAUCUAGUUUUUUUUUUCCAUGCAUUCGUAUUUGUACGCAAGUAAAUUAAAUUAGAACUUUAGUGAACUUGUUUAUCUGUUAAAUUUCGAGGCCAGAAAGCCUCUGAGGUAUCAGCCGACUCACGGAUGCACUGAACCGUUCAUUAUUGUCGGUAGUUUUACCUAGGUAAAAAUAGAGUAACGAAUACCUUCCCUGUGGGACAAAUUUUACAAAGACCAGAAGGUUGUAGCUGUUGACAGGCGCCGUUUCUAAGUAGAUACUACAUAUGGUUGAAGUUGUUCUGUGAUACGGCUACACAUCGUUGUACUAAUCGGAAUCAUUGAGUAUCUCUCAGGUAGAUCAGACAUCUCCGCCAUGUUCGUGUUUAAUAGAUUGUAGAUGAGGCUUCAUAAGAGGUUUAUUUUAUCCGUUCGUUAUCAAACAGAACGUAAACUGUAGUUCCCGCCCUAACAGACAACAGAGAUCAUUGCGAAUAAAUCAAAAAGCAUCUAUUUUACGGAACCACAUUGAAGUCGGGGGCGCACAUUAGACCCAGUAUGUCGUUCCGUAUGCCUCUUCUCCGUACGUGUUAGGAAUUGAAAAAUGAAUAGCAGAAAAUUAAUUAUACUGUUCAAUUGGUUCUCUGUUUCGUAGCAACUGAGCCUACGUCUCAUUAGCUCAAACUAUAUCUGUAUACACUAAUUUAUAAAAAAUAGUAUUUGUUUGUUAGCUAGAUUUUACUUACCGUCCCAGCGAUGCAUCACUCACUCUCUUAAAAUGUAUCGUAAAGUUUCCUGUUAAAACACUCGAGCAUAUGACGUAAGUUGGCGGAGUUCCCCUAUGAUCUCUGAGUUAAACGGCAUCAGCCAGGCAGGUGAAAGGUAUAUCUAAUGCCAAACGAAUGUACGCAUAAAACCUGUCUCUCACGAGCCCUCACGAAUGUACAAGGCACUAAUCUAUGAAAAAAAAUCUACACAUUCUCUCAUAUUCUCGUUAUUAUGACCUAAUGAAAACAAGUAAGUCGCACAAGCCCAAGGGCAAAGGAUAUGUGUCGUUAGUAUUUCUGUAUGUUGUCUACAAUAAUUAUCACGAAUUUCGAAUAUGUUUUAGAUUUGAUUUAACAAUAUAGAGAUUGAUAGAUCACGGACAAACUUUUUCUACCUUCGUAGUACCAAAGAUUAAAGCUACUUGGGAGAACCCAACAACAUCUAGUAAACCGAAUGUUCCCUCUCGAUUUUUCGAUGACGUAUGAGCUAUGAGGAUGGGAGAUAGAUGGUAACAAGCCCUGCAGUAAAUGUUCAUCAAACAACGGAAAUUGAUGCAUUCCUCAACGAAGUUACACAUAUAUAGCGAUUAAUUCGACCACCCAGGUGGUUACUAAUGAACGUGUUUUGCAUCUCAAGCGCAACCCACCCUGAGUUCCUAACUACUACAAUUUUUAGGAAUUUUACUUUACUCUCUUAAUCGGGAGACUAUCAAAAGCGCUAGCCGGAAAGCUCAAGGACAUUUUGUUGCCUGUAUUUUUAUCAGGCGUUCUUAAGCAAUUUAUGACCCAAUCUCGA